AUGCCUAGCAGGUUAUGGACUUUUCUCUCCAUCCACCAAGAGAUGAUCCGGGGGAGAUCCGCACGUCCGCAAUGUGGUGCCAACAGGAAACCACAGAGAGAAGAAAAGCAAAAGGAUGGGCCCCGCGAGCAAGUGUUCAAACCUGAGUGGUUUGCUGGAAACCCGGAUAUCGAAGAUGAAGAAGACAACGGCGACAAGACGAGAAACACGUGCCUAUGCGAAGGAGAAACCGACGUUCGAACCACGGGCAUCAACUUGUAUCAGCCGGUCGAGGGAAGGCGAGCUUAUCCAUCUUACCUCAGAAUCUACGGGCCAGGCAGGAUGCUUGUCAAAGGCAGCACCUGCCGAUACAUCAUGGAACUCCACGAGCAAGGACUGCAGCCCAGCAGAAUAGCCAGCAAAAUCCUGGACAUGUCAUAUGCUGAGGUCUAUACGGCCGCCGAGAUCCGCGCUGUCAUCCACUCUUGCACAACGCUCGAUCUCAAUGGACACUCACCGCUUGCGACCGAGAGCUGGGAGCAGGAACCAAUUGAGGGGUGGUGGUUCAAGGAGGAAAGCUACUGUGAGGCGUUGAGGCGACAACUGCCAGUGGACAAAGACGUCUGCGGCUAUGACUGCGACGAGGGAUGGUGGAAGGACAGGCAACACGAAGACAACCGAGACUGGGUGCGUUUCGGCGAGAGAUCAAUCGGCUCACACAGUCAGAGGAGGAACUAG